ACGAAGGAGGGAGGCAGCCGUUAGCUCGCGUUGAAUGGCAGUUAUUCAAAAAUAUGGCAAGAACUUUGGUCCAGAUCUGGUCAGUCACAAGGAGAACCAAGACAAGAUCGGAGCGCCCGGGUCCAACAAGAAGUGGUCCGAGCACAACAGCAACUGGUCCAGGCCGGUGGCGAGGGUAUGGACGGCGGUGCUGCUGCUUGGGACAUGCCUCCUCUACUGCGCCCGCGUGGCGAUGCCCAUCUGCGCCGUCAGCAUGGCGGAGAAGUUCCACUGGAGCAAGAGGGAGUCCGGCAUGGUGCUGGGCAGCUUCUUCUGGGGCUACUGCUUCACCCAAGUGUUUGGGGGCUACGUCAGUGAUCGGGUCGGAGGUGAGAAGGUCCUCCUGCUGUCUGCAGCAGCCUGGGGCUCGAUGACAGCCUUCACCCCCAUCCUGGCCCACUUCUGCUCCCAGCCAAUCCUCUCCAUGACGGUGGCCCGCUUCCUAAUGGGCUUGUUGCAAGGAGUCCAUUACCCCUCUCUGGCGAGUCUGUGCUCUCAAAAGGUGGUGGAAAGCGAGCGAGGCUUCCUCAUGAGCACAGUGGGUAGCGGCUCCUACCUGGGCACUCUCAUCAUUGGAGGGGCUGGCUCCCUCAUGUUGGACCUGUAUGGCUGGGAGAGUGUUUUCUAUGUGUCUGGUCUCCUCUCACUCCUGUGGGCCUACUGCAUGUGGAAAUAUCUGCUCAAAGGAGAAGGGCCUAUCAUCACCCUGGAGUCCCUGGGAAGUGGUGGGCCCCAGUCCAAACUGUCCAAAAGACAUUGGUUGCGGCUGCUCAAACAACCCUCAGUCUGUGCCGUGAUCGUGACUCACCUUUGCACAGCGAGCACCUUCUUCACUCUUUUGUCGUGGCUGCCGACAUUCUUCAGAGACACCUUCCCCGACGCCAAGGGUUGGGUGUUCAAUGUCAUUCCCUGGUUGGUGGCCAUCCCCUCAUCCCUCUUCAGUGGCUGCCUGUCUGACCACCUCAUCAGUCAAGGCUUUGAUACGGCCUCAGUGAGGAAGUUGAUGCAGUUUUUCUCCAUGGGUGUGUCCGGUGUGUUUACCCUUCUUCUGUGUGGCAACACCACCUUCCCCUGGGCUGUAGCAUUUGUGUCUGCCACCAUGGGCCUCACCACCUUCAGUCACAGUGGCGUAUCUGUAAAUGUUCAAGAUCUUGCUCCUUCCUGUGCAGGAGCUUUAUUUGGUGUUAUGAAUACAUGCGGUGCUUUCUCAGGGGUCCUGAUGGUGUAUUUCUCGGGGUAUCUCAUCGAGGCCACAGGCUCGUGGGCGACCGUGUUCGCCCUCAUCACCACGGUCAACCUGCUGGGCCUGUGCACCUUCCUGGCCUUCGCUGAGGCUCGCCGGGUGGACAUCGACUCCUGUAAGGUCCGCCACCACAACAUCCACAUCUAAACCGUGGGUCGUCGGAGGGACUAGAGAUAUGACUUUUAGGAAAAAAAAAAAACAGCAGCUUGGAGGACUUUGGAGAAGUAGCCAAUGGACAGCUAGUGGCACACGGAUGAAUCCUGCGUAUGACUUUGAUCGGCUCUGUGUCCGGCAGAGGAAGCACUGCGGCAGUUACUGAAAAGCACACAGCAGAAGCCGGCACGUCAUGUUUACUGGAAAGUCUUGUGGACCUUGAGUGAUGAGAAAAAAAAAGAAAAAAAGCCCAGCUGUGUUGUCGGAUGAACCGUCCGUUCAAGGUGAAAUGAGAAAGGUUAGAGGAGAAAAACAGUCCAGACUACCUCCAGGUCCCAGCUUAUGCAGCGUGCGGUGGUUUACACUUGUCUUUACAUAAUGUGUUACUCCAAAAAUGUCAUGGAAAUUGUCAUCCGGUGGCGGUUUUCCUUUGUGUCGAAGGAGCUGUUUGAGUGAUGGGUGUGUUCGUCUCAGGGGCUCUCUGACGGUUGUCACAGGCCAAGGUGGUGCGUUGUUACGCUGCAGGGACGGGGGGGGCACACGGUGGGCGAUGCGGGGAGAGUCCAGCCUCUCGUACCUGAAGUCUUUUAUUAGUUCGCCCCGUUCACCCAUCGCUAAGUGAACCGUCUGAGUGACACCUCAUUAGCCAGGCACUAAUUACUUGGCAGGCGCUCUAAUGUCCUAUACGAUUUACCAUCUAUAGUCCCCGGCUUCAUGGUUACAGGCUCAUCUCAUCGUUACAAAUUGGAGGUGGUGAAAAGGUUCAUGGGAUUCUUUUAUCAAGUACAUAAAAAGCAACAAGGCUUUGAUUGUGUGUGUUUGUCCUGUUUGUCAUCGUAAGGAAUAUGUUUCCAGUAGAAAAGACCAAAGGUUAUGGAUUUUUUUUUAUUAUUAUUAUUAUUUUCCUUCUAUGUGGUUGUGUGUAAUAGAAAUACCUCAAUUAAUUAUUUUGGGUACUUAUAUAGUAUUUAUAUGGUGAGAGAUUUUUGGUGUCAAAUUAGAUGACAGGAAAAUCUAUAUUUAUGAGGUAAGAUGGCAAAACCAGAGUAAGUUAUCAAAAGUGUGAUGCGGCAUGGAUCGAUCUCGUUGCCUCACUUCUUCUUCUUCUAUAAGCAGCACUGUCCUGUCCGAGGAAACAGAAAUGCGUUGAUGUUAUUAUCUUAGUGAAAACUGCGCAGGUAGACAAGCAGCGCCCUCCAGUUUUGUUUUUUUGCAUUGGAUCCGCCCUUGGUAUCGCACUUGACAGCACUAUAUUAAACCAGAUGACAGGAAAAAUAAAUGUUUACUGGGUGAAACGACGGCAGAUCGUAUUAAGCUCUCGCAAUUGUGCUGCACUCUCCUGUCUAAGUAAACAAAAAAGCGUCCGUGUAAUCAUCUUGAGGAAUGCUGCACAGGCAAGAAGAGCAGGCUGUCCGGCCUUUUUGCGUGUAUCCACCCUUAUCGUCUCAAUUGACAACAUUGUUCCUCUAGGCGCUAUAAAAAGAAAUCUGAAAAUAGGGUCAUUACGUCACUGAAUCUCUCUUUGGUGCUGGACUGGUUACACCUGUAUUGAAGUCUAUGGGAGAUGCAUGGAGAACAGCACUAAAAACCCAACAUAUCUAUGUCGUACGACUUUUGAUUAAGAAACGCCACCAGACCAUAAGAGAACACAGUUAUUCAAUUCCUCCCCUGAUCUCGUCCCGUUCAGAAUGUAUUGGCAGUCACUAUCAGCGAUAUUCGGUCGGACCCCCCCCCCACCCGUUAAGUCAUGAUAUUGUUAGCCCUGUCAAUCAUUCUGAAGGUUGAUGACCUUCUCUAGUGAGGUCUGUUCUUUCAUUUUCUGAAGGUAUUUUUUUUUUUGUUUUAUAUAUAACACUGCUGAAUGUUCACUGCACAGUUUUACAGUCUCCGCUUCACAUUGACGCGAUUUCAUUUCCAGCCUCGAUGCUUACUUGACACGUGUACCUUCAAUCUAUGCAUUUAUUAUUUUGUGCCUGAUGCUGAAGCCAUGAGAGGAUUGUAAAAUGUGCUCACUGUGGUCGCACGGUGUCAUUUACUGAUCAACGCACUUCGCUACUUCUCUUGCCUUCCUUGGUGGAGCUUCGUUUUGCUCUCGUGUGCUUCGUCAAUGAAUGAUUAUAAUUAUUUUUGUGUCAUUAUAUUUAUUGUUAUUCCCAUAGAAAGCCAGACUUGUUUUACAUUUUUUGGAAGCCUGUCCCUUUGGUUUGCAUAUUUUGUCAGUGCAGAUUUCUGAAAUGCCCAGUGUGUUUAUUUUCUACAUGGUCGUGGCCAGUGGUGACCAAAUGUGGCAUAACAAAUUUAAGGGGAUUUGUUCAAACGUCUCCUCUUUCGUCUCUCCACAUCUUUCAGAGUUGAGAUAUAUUUUUCUGUACAGCGAACAUAUAUAUAGAUUGCGUGUGCCAUGACGACACGCAAACCUUACAGAAUAUAUAGAAUAAUUUAUUUUGAUAUCUGAUUUGAAAUCUGAUAUCUUACUUAGAUUUGUACACUAUUUUUUGUAGUGACCGUACAAGACCUUUAUGCCCAGACAUCCCACAUGUACGUUAAUGAAGAGCACUGCACAAAAUACUCCAAACGAAACCCCACAGUCCUCGCAGAUGUAUAUUUAUGACAACUACCUUCAUUGCAUACACUUUUUUUUUCUGUUUCUAUGUUGACGUCCCCCAAAAUGUAAACAUGAGAAAAAGCUGAAGUUCUGUCCUGAAAGCCUUUAGUUUUUGUUUUUUUUUUUUCUAAAAAAAAACAUGUAAGAUAUGUAUGAUUAAAAAAACAAAAACAAAACACAUGAAUGCAAGACAAUGCAGUAUUCAGAUGCUUUUAAGAUAUGUUGUAUCUAAAAGCAUACAGUAACUUUGAAUAAAAAUAUAUUUUGUCAGCA